AUGCAUUCCUACCCUCCCUACCCCUACCCCCAUCUCCCAUCAUCCUCGCGCAUCAUCAGACCACUCCCACUCGCUGAUUUCCCCCGCUACCAGCCCACCCCAGAUCUCGACUUUCCUCCCUCUCCCUCAGACACCUGUUCCUCCCUUUCCACAGAUACAUCACCUUCCCCCUCUCCACACACCGUCCGCAUCGUCUGCGACAUCCCCCUCGUCGCUCCCCGUCCCCUCCCCUACCACUCCCCCACCUUCCUCCACUUUGAUCUCCCAGAUCCAGACGAAGAUCUCUCCCACCCUCCCUACACUCAGCGUCCAUCCAAGCGCAAACGCACCACAGACGACCAUCCACCACCCGCUAAACGACACGCUGCAAAGCCCCCAUCACAUCCACAGCUCCAUCCUCUCAUCUCCCAUACAUCCGCAGCCCGUCGUUCCGCGAUACACCCCCACCACAGAAUAAGGCGGCGAUGA